AUGACUGUUCAAUCAAUCUCUGCCCAAUAUUUCCCAGAAGAACCAAAAGGACCAGUUGUUAAAUCCACUAAAGGCAGCAACUCUAAGCAAGCAAUUGAAAGUUUAGGAAAAGUUUUUGAUGCUCGUGCAGCUUAUUUUGUUGCUGACUAUGGUAAAUCGUUAGGAAACUACAUUACCGAUGUUGAUGGAAACGUGUACUUGGACGUUUAUGCUCAAAUUGCUUCCAUUCCUUUGGGUUACAACAAUCCUGCAUUGCUUGAGGUUGCAAAAUCAGACAAAAUGCUCAGGGCUAUUGUUGACAGACCAGCUUUGGGAAACUUCCCUGGUAACGAUUUGGAAGACAUUGUUUCGGAUAUUUUGAAGGUGGCACCAAAGGGACAAGAUAAAUUAUGGUCGGGAUUGUCUGGUGCUGAUGCCAAUGAAUUGGCCUUCAAGGCUACAUUUUUCUGGUACCAAGCUCAAAAGAGAGGUUACCACAGUGACUUUACACCAGAAGAAAUUGCUUCAGUGAUGCAUAACCAAGCUCCAGGUGCUCCAGAAUUGGCCAUUCUUUCGUUCGAACAUGCAUUCCACGGUAGAUUGUUUGCAUCCGGCUCCACCACUUGUUCCAAACCUAUUCACAAAUUAGACUUGCCAGCUUUCAACUGGCCAAAGGCCCAAUUUCCAUCAUAUAAAUAUCCAUUAGAAGAUAACAUUGAGGCCAACAAACAAGAGGACGAGAGAUGCUUGAAGAUUGUUGCUGACUUGUUCAAGACUUGGUCUGUUCCAAUUGCUGGUGUUUUAGUUGAACCAAUCCAAUCGGAAGGUGGUGACAACCACGCAUCAGCCGAGUUCUUCCAAGGCUUGAGAGAUAUCACUUUAAAGCAUGGUGCAUUGUUAAUCAUGGACGAAGUUCAAACUGGUGUAGGUGCCACUGGUGUCAUGUGGGCCCAUGAAAGAUUCAACUUACAACCACCACCAGAUAUUGUUACUUUUUCCAAAAAGUUUCAAUCCGCCGGUUACUUUUACCACAACCCAGAAAUUACUCCAAACUUGGCUUACAGACAAUUCAACACUUGGUGUGGAGAUCCAGCUAGAAUGACUUUGGCUGGUGCAAUUGGUAAAGAAAUCCUUAAGCAUGAUUUAACUGCAAGAGCAGCAGAAGUUGGUGACUAUUUAUACAAGAAGUUGGAAAAAUUGCAAGAGAAAUACCCAACCCACUUGCGUAACUUAAGAGGUAAAGACAGAGCCACAUUCAUUGCUUGGUCAAUGGAAAGCGGCACAGCAAGAAACAAGUUCUUGAGUGACAUGAAGGAGACAGGUGUUAACAUUGGGGGAUGUGCUGAAGACUCGGUUAGAUUGAGACCAACUUUGGUUUUUGAAGAAAAGCACGCCGAUAUCUUGGUGGAGGCUAUUGAUAAGGUAUUGUCAAACUUUUAG